UAGCAUACAGGUUACAAGUCGGUUCGCCUGUGUCCAUGAAGCUUAUAGGAAUACCACCGUAUAGUCAAUUAGAGGGUGCUUUGGGGGUUACGAAAAAACCGCUGGAAUGGGAAAGCGAUUUACAGAUGAAGUCUAAUUUUCUCGACAAAAAGGAACAGCUGAAGGCCGACCACGGAGUGUACAUGCGCCGCCAUCCCGAGCUGAAGGCAAUCCUCGCCGACUUCCUGCAGUUCCUGCUGCUGCGCAAGCCGCGAGACGUAUUCGCGUUUGCCGCCGACUACUACGCCUCGUUCUGCCACAAAUACCCCGACAACCCCCUGAGGGCGCCACCGAAGUAGGGUGGGGGCGGCCGCCGGAGCAGGGGG